AAAACAAAACAAAAACUUCGAAAAAACAAUAUGGACAAUUCUGAAACAGAAAAUUUGGACCUGAAAUAUCGUAAAAAUUUUCUAUAUUUUCUUGAAAAAAGUAAACAAAAUAAAUCCACAUCGAUUUGUUUCAUACAGAAUGCCAAAAAUAUGACCACCGAUGUAAAUAUCGAAGCAUAUGAACCAAGUUUGAAACAUUUGGCCGUAAGCAAUCUACAAACACCGAUCGGUUUGCAAAAACAAGCCAUUUUACGUAGUAAUGAUAUUGAAUGUAUAAAAUUUUCGAAACAAUAAUUUUUUUUAAAAAUUA